AUGCGUCUUUCACUCCAAAACUUCGCGGUGGUCGUGGUCCUUCUGCAGUCCGCAGACGCCGCUCCCGCCGGCCUUCUUGACCCAGUCGGUGGCUUGACGAAUCUACUUACCCUUCCCGUCGACUACGCUCAACGCCUGACCGGUGUUGUCGGGACCAAACCUUUGACGGGCGCCGGAGUUCUCAACCAGGCUGAUCUUCAGUCGAAGCUAGGGUCUAUUUGGAACACGGGUGGGGCAGGAAACUUCUUCGACAAAAUACAAAAGCAAAUUGGCCAGGGCAUCGUUCCGAGUGGCCUCCUUUCCAAUUUUCAGGGGCUCCUUGGCACCGGUGCCUUGGGAAGUCUGGACCUUGCCAACAAGCUUGUUGUUCCCAUCGAUGCUAUCGACUCUAUCAACAACAACAAUAUCCGGAACCCAGUUAAACCUAUCUGGCCUCGGAAAGAUGCUGCCGAUGCCCCUUACUCGCUCUCUGAGGCGCAGUUGCGACAGGCCAUUUUCAUUCCGCAGAGCUUCACUUACGGCCAGAAACCACCUGUCAUUUUCGUUCCCGGAACUGGUGUCUACGGUGGAGAGGCUUUCGGCCCGAAUCUUCAAAAGCUUCUGUCGAACGUACCCUACGCCGACCCAGUCUGGCUCAACAUUCCUGGUGCUCUUCUUGGAGAGCCCCGGACCAACUCAGAAUACGUUGCCUACGCUAUCAACUACAUCAACGGCAUCUGCGGCAAAAACUCCAGCGUCAUCUCCUGGUCCCAAGGCGGCCUCGACACCCAGUGGGCAUUCACGUUCUGGCCCUCAACUCGGAGUGUGGUCUCAAACUUCUUCCCUGUCUCACCUGAUUUCCACGGCACUAUUCUUGCCAAUGCUAUAUGCCUUGCUGGCGGUAAUGGCGCCCCCAACGCCCCUUGCGACCCUUCCGCCAUCCAAAAGCAAUAUACAUAUGCCUUUGUCAAUACUCUCAGCGGUCGCGGUGGGUCUGAUGCCUAUGUACCAACGACCACGUUCUACAGUGCCGUCCUGGAUGAGGUUGUCCAGCUCCAGGAAGGCGCAGCUGCCUCUGAGUAUCUCAACGAUACCCGCCGCGUCGGUGUCACCAAUAUCAAGGUCCAAUCUGUCUGCGCGGGUAGACCCGCCGGCGGCGUUUACGGCCCUGCCUCUAUGCUCUUCAACCCCUUGACGGCAGCGUUGAUCAAAGACGUUCUUCAGAGAGGACAGGGCCCAGCACAGCUCAGCAACAUCAAACUGGACGAUGUUUGUAAAGAAGUUAUCGCACCCGGGCUUUCUCUUGAUGACGGUAUCGCUACUUCUGGAACAAUCGUCACUGCCGGGAUUCGCAUACUGGGAUAUCUUCCUAAGCUAGUCGCCGAGCCUGCUUUGAUGGUGUAA